ACACUCAGCAACAACCCAAACCAUCUUCCAAAAAAUUAGAAAAACACAACACCCACAAGAUGUACUUUCAAGCCUUCUUCAUCUUCUCCCUUUUCAUCUCCUCAACUCAAGCCGCGGUCCUUGAUUUCUGUGUCGGUGACUUGUCCGUGCCGGACGGUCCCGGUGGCUACGCUUGCAAGAAACCUUCCAAAGUAACUGUCGAUGACUUUGUGUUCUCUGGCUUAGGAACUCCAGUUAAGCUAAAUCCUCUCAUCAAGGCCGCGGUGACUCCAGCAUUUGCUCCUCAAUUUCCAGGACUCAAUGGGCUUGGCAUAUCAAUGGCCAGGCUUGAUUUCGCUGUAGGUGGAGUCAUCCCAACGCACACACACCCCGGAGCAUCCGAAGUACUUUAUGUUGUCCAAGGAGAAAUAUGUGCCGGAUUCAUUUCUUCCUCGGACAACAAAGUUUUCUUCAAGAACCUUAAACAAGGAGACAUUAUGGUUUAUCCACAAGGGUUGUUGCAUUUCCAGAUUAAUUCUGGGAAGACUCCAGCUAUGGCAGUUGUUUCCUUCAGUAGCCCAACACCAGGUCUUCAAAUUACAGACUUUGCUCUAUUUGCUAAUGAUUUGGCUACUGAACUUGUGGCGGCGACAACGUUCCUUGAUGCUGCUACAAUCAAGAAGUUGAAGGGCGUCCUUGGUGGCACCAACUAAUUAUGAAGAGCAACUUAUUUUGCUUUGUUAAUUGGAAUAAGUUUCAACAAAUCCGCCAUUAUUGGGUCUUUUGUUUAGGUUUAUUUUAGUUUUUUCUCGAAAUUUCAUGUCUUUGACGUCUUGUUCUGGCGUAUCUUGUCUGCGUGUCAAUUUUCAUAGUUGAAUUUGGCCUUUUAGUACUUUCUAUCAUUUGUUUGUAAGGUAUAAAUUCAGUUCAUGUUCUCUUUUCGUUUCAA